GAAAGAUUAAGUAGAGAGAGAGAGAGAGAGACAUUGCAAUGCUUCUCUUAAGCUUUCUUUGUUUGUGCCUUUGUUUAGCUCUCAUAAAGAUCUUUCACAAACUAUGGUGGACCCCGAUUCGCAUACAGCAUAUGAUGGCCUUGCAAGGAAUCAAAGGUCCUUCUUACAGAUUCAUUCAUGGAAACAACAAAGAAAUCUUGAGCAUGAAAAAGGAGGCCAUUGCUAAAGCAAUUCGUCUAUCACAUGAUAUAUUAUAUAAGCUUCAGCCUCAUUGUCACUUAUGGACUAAUUUGUAUGGAAAAAAUUUUAUUCAGUGGUAUGGUUGUGAAGCUGAAUUUGUCAUUACAGAACCAGAGUUGAUCAAGGAGAUUUUGAAUGAUAGAGAUGGUGCUUAUCCAAAACAAGAUAUCAACGUCUACAAUAAGAAGAUAUUUGGAGAUGGUCUUGGGGCAUCUAAAGGUGAAAAAUGGGCAAAAAUGAGGAAACUGGCUAAUUAUGCUUUUCAUGCUGAAAGCUUGCGAGAUAUGGUUCCAGCGAUGGUAGCUAGCACAGAGACGAUGUUAGAACGAUGGAAAUACCAAGAAGGGAAAGAGAUUGAUGUUUUCGAAGAAUUUAGAUUGUUGACUUCAGAAAUUAUUUCCAAGACAGCCUUUGGAAGCAGUUAUCAAGAAGGGAAACAUAUUUUUGAGAUGAUAUCGAAGUUGUCAAUUUUUAUACCUAGAAAUUUGCACAAAUUGAGGGUUCCUGGAAUCAGUAAAUUUAUUAAAACAACCGACCAAAUAGAAUCAGAGAAGCUCGAGAAGGAAAUACACCAUUCCAUAAAACAAAUAAUUAAAAAGAGGGAAGACAAAGUAAUGAAAGGAGAGGAACAAAGCUUUGGGAAUGAUUUUCUUGGAAUACUACUUCAGGCUCACCAUGAUGCAAAUGAAGACCAGAGAAUUUCAGUUGAAAAUGUGAUUGAUGAAUGCAAAACAUUUUACUUUACAGGCCAAGAAACCACCAAUACUUUGCUUGCGUGGACAGUGUUGCUUCUUGCAAUCCAUUCUGAUUGGCAAGAAGAAGCAAGAAAAGAGGUACUCAAUUUAUUUGGCCAACAAAUUCCGAACCAAGACGACAUAACAAAGCUCAAAACGAUGAACAUGAUCAUCAAUGAGACUCUAAGAUUAUACCCUCCUGUGACUGCCAUUUCGAGAAAAGUCAAAAAUAAGGAAGUUAGAUUGGGGAAGCUCAUUCUUCCACCUAAUAUGCUCUUGUACAUGUCAACUCUUGCAAUCCACCAUGACACACAAAUAUGGGGAGAAGAUGUUCAUCUUUUUAAACCUGAGAGAUUCUCUGAAGGAGUUGCUAAGGCUACCAAGAACAAUAUUGGUGCAUUUUUUCCUUUUGGAAUUGGACCAAGAACUUGUGUGGGAUUUAACUUUGCAUUCACCGAAGCAAAGAUUGCUCUCUCAAUGAUUCUACAGCGCUAUUCGUUCUCCCUUUCGCCUGCCUAUGUCCACUCGCCGUUUCAGCUUAUCACACUUCGUCCACAACAUGGAGUUCAAGUAAUAUUGCACUCCAUUUGAACCAACUGUAUGUAUAUAGGAUUGUUAAAUUCCUAUAAAUUAUGCUUGAAGGUUGCUAAAGUACUCAAGAAAAUUGUUAUGGGAUUCGUGUGUAUAUAUAUAUAUA